UUUUUGCAUCAAUAUAGGAAAAAAAGGUUGAAAAGGCCAAGUCCUGCUUGAUUUGCUGGGACUUGGGCGAUUUGAGGCGGCUUAGAAAUUAUAGUCGGUGAACAUGGAAUUGGAAACCAUCGAUAUUGCGCGCCUAGAAGAGGCGGUGGUUGUAUUUUACCGCUCAACAUCACAGGAACAGGCAAUUACACACGAAUGGCUGACGAAGGCCGAGGCCAGCCCACAGGCCUGGCAAUUCUCCUGGCAGCUAAUGCAGCUCGGCAAGAGUCAAGAAGUCCAAUUUUUUGGCGCGGUCACAUUACACUCAAAACUAAUGAAAUAUUGGCAUGAAGUGCCGCCCGAAAAUCGCGAAGAGCUUAAGCAGAAGAUAUUGGAGACAAUUGUGCAAUUCGCCGGUGGACCCAAAAUAGUACUCAAUCGCCUCUGCUUAUCGUUGAGCGCUUUUAUUGUGCACAUGCUGGAGGAUUGGCCCUGCGCCAUUGAGGAGGUAGUUGAGACGUUCCAAAGACAACGCAUGCCGAAUGUCAGUGCCGAGGUGCAACUAUGGAUCCUGCUGGAGGUGCUGCUGGGCAUACCAGAGGAGUCGCAGGUUAUUCACACAUCCGUCAAACGGGUAACGCUACGUGGCGAAAUUGGCAAGCGUGUGCCGCUCGUGCUGCAAACGAUCGAGACAUAUUUGAAGCAGCAGAUGAACACAGAAUGGGACACGGAGGGUUAUGGCAACAUGUUGCGUGCGGUGAAGUGCGUAGGAGUUUGGAUAAGAAGCAUUGGCUAUUCGAUUGAGGGCUGCGUAAGUAUCUGUGAGGUCCUCUUGGAGCUGGUGAACAAGUGUUAUUGGCCCUGCAUUCGCUCUGGCCUUGGUUGCAUGUCCGCCGAUGAGAAUGAGCUGGCCGAGACGUGUCUGAAGGCCAUGGUCAAUAUUAUUGUGCAACCGGAUUGCCACAACUAUCCAAAGACGGCGGCCAUUCUAAUAAAAAUGUUUUUGGAUUCGUUGUGCGACAUUACGCAGCGGGAAUGGAAGCGUGAAAAUGACAAUGAGGAUAUUAUUGUGCAUAUCUAUAUGCUGUUUGUGUCCGCUGUGGAACGGCACUCGGCACUAUUUUUGAGCGGCAUCACGGCCACAGAUCCCGAGCUGUCGGCCAUCUGGAAUCGUAUGGUGCAUGAGAUAUUGCAGUGUACGGAUAAACCGGGCAUUUAUCCGGUGGAGGAAUCAUGCAGCACCAUGGCCUUGGCCUUCUGGUAUAUGCUGCAGGGCGAUGUGUUUGCCAUGCCUGAAGAGCAGAAACGCAAGUGUUGGGAGCAUAUAAAACCGCUCUAUGCACACUUGACCACCGUGCUAGUGCGCAAGUCGGAGCAACCCGAUGAGAACUCCAUUGACAAGUGGAACUCGGAUGAUCUGGAAUGUUUUCGCUGCUAUCGUCAGGAUAUAUCCGAUACCUUUAUGUAUUGCUAUGAUGUGCUGGACGAUUACAUACUGGAGAUAUUGGCUGCUAUGCUAGACGAGGCCAUUGCUGAGCUGCAAACACAUCCCACACACUGGACAAAACUGGAGGCUUGUAUCUACUCGUUUCAGUCGGUGGCCGAGCACUUUGGUGGCGAGGAGUCGCGCCAAAUACCCAAACUAAUGCGCGUCCUCUCGGAGAUACCAUAUGAGAAGCUAAAUGAGAAGCUGCUCGGCACUGCGUUGGAGACAAUUGGCUCCUAUUGCUCUUGGCUGACGGAUAAUCCAACUUAUAUACCACCAGCCAUUGAUCUGCUGGUGCGUGGCUUGAAUUCAACAAUGUCGGCACAGGCAACGCUAGGCCUGAAGGAACUCUGUCGCGAUUGCCAAAUGCAAUUGAAACCGUACGCGGAACCGCUGCUUGACGCUUGCCAGGCCACGCUUUCCUCAGGUCGCAUGAAGAACUCGGAUUCGGUGCGUCUGAUGUUUAGCAUUGGCAAACUGAUGAGCCUGCUGCCACCGGAACAGAUACCCAAAUACUUGGAUCUCAUAGUUAGUCCCUGCUUUGAGGAGCUGCAGACGAUAUGCCAGGCCGGCGCUACGACGCCCUCAGCACGUAUUCGCACAAUUUUCCGUCUCAGCAUGAUCUCCACUCUGUUUUCAUCGCUUAACACGGAUCUGGAUGAUGAGCUCAAAGAUGUGCACAAUGUGCAGCCCGUCCUUCUGGUGAUGCAGACAACCAUGCCCAUUUUUCGACGGAUUGCCGAGUUGUGGGUGGAGGAACUGGAUGUAUUAGAGGCCGCUUGCAACGCCUUGAAGCACGCCAUUAUGAAUUUGAGAAGCAGUUUUCGUCCCAUGCUGCAGGAUUUGUGCUACUUUAUUGUGGCCAGUUUUCAGACGCGCUGCUGUGCGCCCACUCUGGAAAUAUCCAAGACAGCCAUUGUCAUAUUCUACGCUGAGGAAAGUUGCAUGCCGUUGAUGAAGCAGCUCCUUUUUGAGUUUAUAACGCACAGUUUUAAACUGUUUGAGAAUACGCCCGAGCAGAACUUCUCUAAUAUAUCAGACACAAUGGAAAUGUUCUUUGCCUGUCUCACUCAAAUCAUUAAAAAAGUGCCCCAAGUCCUGGAGGAUAAGACAAUUGCGUACGAACGACUCAUCUACUAUGCGCAACAGUCCAUGACUUUGCCAGAGAAUGGGCCAAUACGCAACAGCAUCCAGUUUGUAACACACUUUAUAAUGCAAUCGCGCAAUCAUGCCCACAUGACUGACGUGGUGCUUGCGACUGGUGAACAGAUUCUCCAGACGGCAAUGAUAUGUGUUGGCUAUAUGACGCCACGACAGCAAGUGGAUAAAUUUGCUGAUGUCUUUCUGGCCAUGAACAAAAAGUAUCCCGCCGAAAUGGCCGUCUGGCUAAGGAACGUCAUGGCCGUGCCCAAUUUUCCCACAGAGCUCAUCAGCGAAACAGAAAAGUUGCGUUACAUUUCGCUAAUUAUUAAAGUUAAGGUCAACAAGCGGCUGCUGCAACAGCAUCUGACCGAGCUGGCAGUCAAGACACGCGGUCUUGUGCCGCUGCAGGCUCCGGUGAACUAAUCACAUCCAUGGUCAAAUAUCAAAUAUCUGAUGAUUAAUCGUCGUGUUUAUGUAUUUAGUUGAUAAUGUAAUUACGCCGAUCUGUAAAUGUUCCUUGCUAUUAAGUUUUUUUUUUGAUUUUUUUUCUGCUUAAUGAUGUUUAACAUUAAUGCUAAGCUAAAGCCAAGUGGGCUUAAAGAAUUUUCUUUGCCUGUAUACGCUUGGCUUUAGGUUGUAAAAUGAUAUCUUGAAAAGGCUGUUUCUUGACAUGAUUUAACUUUUAUUCAUAAUAUUACACAAAAUUACACGUUUCUGUUACCGCUUUCUAUGCCUAAAAUUACAAAAUCCAUUUGUGUUCUGUUUAAGAUCUGUAUAACUCAAUUUUUUGUUUUAUUUUGUGUAGUUCUUAAAUAGAAAACUUAGAUUUUUCACCGCUUUCCAGCAUAGGGAAAUAUUUUUGCUUUAUUCAAUUAAAUUGUUGUCGGUUUUGUUUUAUUUAUUAUUGUGUAACCUUCAUAUGUAUCUAUAAUGCCAAAAA